AUGGUACAUUUCCAGGCCAGUGUGCCCACUGGGAGCCCAGACCUGAUGGAGCCCAUGAGAUUGGUGACACAACAUCACACCAAAGACAUAAUCCCUCCACAGGACAUUUUUGCCAAAAGAACAUUUCAUGAUGAGAACAUAGUAUGUCUCAUGAGCAGUAAUGUGUGGCCCUCCACAUUAGAAGACUGUAAAGUCCACAAAAUAGAGGAAUUGUGCAAGCAGAGAAAGCAAAAUGUUACACAAGUUGCAGUUUCCCAUGAGAAAGACAUAUUUCUAGUUAAAAUCUAUAAAUAUCACAAAAUGAGGAACAACUCUAAACCUAGCUCAAAGUUUGUGCCUUCACAGGGAGAUUCCAUGAGAAACUAUUUCCCAAAAUGUGACUCAAAUAUCUUGAAAUAUAAUCCGGACUUAAACAAUUGUUAAAAAACAUAUAAAGACAAUGAAUAUGAUAGAGUCCUGUGGCAGAAUGUCCAAUAUGUUUCACCACAUGGGAGAACUCAAACAGAGCUUAAGUAAAACACAGAGCUUGGCAAUUAGAACAAUGCACAUUAUAUACAUAAUAAAAUUGUCAGGGGAGCCAAGAUUCAUGAAUGGAAUCCAGUAGGAAGAGCUUUCCUUGAAGAUUUAUCCAUUAGGGCACACAGGUCUCACUUUGAGGAGAAAAUGUAUGAUUUUAGUAAGUGUGAAAACACCUUCAGAUGUGGGAAAGCCUUCAUUUAUCAGUUAUUCCUCAUGCGACAGAAAAUUCACACAGGAGAGAAACCCUAUAAAUGUAAGAUAUGUGGGAAAGCCUUCAGAUAUUCUUUACACCUUAAUAAACAUCUAGGAAGGCACAUUGUGGAGAAGCCCUAUGAAUGUAAGGAAUAUGGGAAAGCCUUCAGUAAGUCCUCAAAACUUACUGUACACAUAAGGACUCACACUGGAGAGAAACCCUGUAAGUGUGAGAAAUGUGGGAAAACAUUCAUAGAAUCUUCAGGACUUAAAAGCCAUCUCAGAACUCACAGAAAGAAAUCCUGUGAAUGA